AAUAGUCCACGUAAAUUAUGGAAUACCCAUUCAAUUUCAAAGGCUUUGAACAUUUGAAACUCUUCACUUUCUCCUUUGCAUGUCAACCCCAGCCUCUUUCUCUCUGUGUCUAUAUAUACCAAGCAACAUAUAUCUCUAUAUUCCAAUUCACUGCACUCUUCAAUCAAACCUCAAUCUCAAUAACCCAAAAGAGAUAUAUCACAACCAAGUUUUAAAUAUAUACAAUCUUCCAAGCCUAAACCAUUCAAUACUCAACACCCAGAUUUAAAACAACCUCUCACACAAACAAAUCUUCUAAUCCAAAACCAAUAAAUCAUGGCCAGCCUUAAAGCUUCAAGCUUGAUGUGCUCAUCAUCAACUUCAUCGUCUUCAUGUUGUCGGAGAGAGAUUAUCAGAGCUGCCAUCCAUAUGCCAAAGCUCCGGCAUGGAGGUCUACUCUCUCUUCCAAAGCUCACAAAAACUAGAGGUUUGGUAGAAGAGUUAGAAAUGAGAAGUGGUUACACAAACUCAAACACUAACUCUUCUCCUAAAUAUGAUACUAGGGUUUCUGAUCCUACGGUGAUAGCGAAGCUUUACGCGAUCAUGGAGGCUAUCGCGGAUAGAGUGGAGAUGCAUAAGAAUAUUGGAGAGCAGAGAAAUAAUUGGAAUAGCCUACUUUUAACCUCCAUUAAUGCAAUCACUCUAACAGCCGCCACAAUGGCGGGCAUUGCAGCCACCGGUGUAGUUGGCGGUGCCGCCCUUGUGUCCCUCAAGCUCUCUUCCACUUUGUUAUAUUUGGCAGCUACGGGGUUGUCAUUGAUCAUGAAUAAGAUUCAACCAUCUCAACUCACUGAAGAGCAACGAAAUGCUUCUAGGUUGUUUCACCAACUCCGCGAAGAAAUUCACACGACGGUGUGCAUUGGGAAUCCAACCAUGAAUGAUGUGAAAGAUGCAAUGGAAAAGGUUUUGGCCCUUGACAAGGCCUACCCGCUUCCCUUACUAGGCGCGAUGCUUGAAAAAUUCCCUAAAACUGCAGAGCCUGCCGUCUGGUGGUCUCUGCAUCGGGAGAAGAGACAAGCGAAAGGAUACGAUGGGAGAAAGAAUAAUAGGAACGGUUGGGACGAUAAGUUGGAAGAGGAAAUGAGAGAGAUAGUUAGGGUUUUGAAGAGGAAAGACGAAGAAGACUACUCGAGGUUAGGUGAAAAGGCCUUGAAAUUGAACAAGGUGUUAGCCAUUUCAGGACCUUUACUAACCGGCCUAGCAGCCAUUGGCUCCGCUUUCAUAGGAAGCCCUAGCCAUGGCUCAUGGGCUGUGGUGCUUGGAGUUGUUGGUGGAGCUUUUUCAAGCGUUGUGAACGCACUCGAGCAUGGCGGGCAAGUUGGAAUGGUGUUUGAGAUGUACCGGAGCAAUGCCGGUUUUUUUAGGCUCAUGGAAGAGUCUAUUGAAUCAAAUUUGGAGGAGGAAGAAGUGGAGAGGAGAGAGAAUGGGGAGAUGUUUGAAAUGAAGGUGGCUUUGCAGCUUGGAAGGAGCCUAUCAGAACUGAAAGAUCUUGCAGCUUCUUCUUCAAUAAAAGGAGAGGCCAUACAAGAGUUUGCAAGCAAACUUUUCUAAUUCCUUCAAAUUAAAUUCAAUUGUAAAAUAUGUAACACUAUAACUUUAGUUAUUUGUAGUUUUGUCCAUCAACUGUAAAUCAAUUCCAUUCAUUUAUUCAUUGUAAAAAUAGUGAGCUAAUGAAGAAACAA